AUUCACGCCCCCACGCUUAGACAGCUGUGAACAAAAUCUCUCAAAAAUGCCGCCUAAUAGUGCACAUAGCAGAUCGCAUAGUCUACUGUUGUUACAGAAGCUACUUAACCUACGCGAUGGCGCAAGUCCCUUGACUCUGAUCCUGGACACUCUUGAGCAGCCUGCAAAGCCUCUUAUAUCCGAAUUUUUAUUGCGUUCAAAGAUAUCCGGCGCCAAAACUAUAUAUUUAUCCUUCACUACACUACGCAAACCGGCGCAUGUCGACGUUAUGAUCAAGGCCGCGGGCAAAGACCCAAGGCUGGUCCAAAGAGAACUUUCAGCCCAGUAUACCAAAUUUGAUAGUAACAGUCUUCGUGACAAGUCAUUCCAGCGCGCCGUCGUCAUCAUCGACUCAGUCAACAGCCUUAGCUCAUCGAUACCCCAGUCUCUAGCAACAUUUCUAUCUGGAAUUCUUACUCCGGUUGUCUCAAUAGUGGCAGCCUAUCAUACGGAUGUUCCACUAGUGCUGCCCAAAACUGUCAACGAGUAUGAGCCUCAUCCGUCCACUAUCCUCUUACACCUCGCCACAGCUAUCCUGAGGAUCUCAAGCCUGAGACAGGAAAUCGAACGCCAAAAAGCACGAAACCGAAGUCUUAUUGAACCAGAAUGGGGUCUAAAGGAAGAUAGAGAAGGUGUUUUGAUUGGCCUUGAAACACGCUCCAGCACACGCGACGAUGAGGGUAUUAUGAUCUCCAUGGAGCUACGAAGAAGAAGUGGACGCACAGUCACAGACAAAUUCAUACUUAUUCCGGCAACAAAUGGACAGGGGCCGGCGGCAGGCAAGACAUUGCUUGUCAACGAUCACCCGAUGUUCCAGUCACCUGCGGAAGACGAUGGCGGCGCAGAAGGAGAGGAGGAGCCUGAGAGCACAUUCAACCUCGGGCUUACAGACAAGCAGCGUAAAGACCGAGAAGGAAUCAUCCUGCCAUACUUUGAUGCUCAAACAGACAUUGGUGCAGGCGAGGGUGGCCGUAUCUUGUAUGAGAUGGGUCGCGAGGACGACUUUGACGAUGAAGAAGAUGAAAUCUAG